AUGUGAGCGUCAUCAGCGGCUGCUGGGCCAGAGAGCAGCGGGGGUGACACCGGAGCGCCAUGUCACCGGCUGACAGCAGCACUCUGCCGGGAUGUACGAGGGGAGUUUAACCGCAGCAGCUGGGCUGUGACCACCACACUAACAGAUUGGUGACAAAAUGAUCUGUGUGCUGAUGUAAGGGUGGAACCACUUCCUCUCUUGUUGGUGUCUCCGAACAGACUAGUGAGACCAAACUUGGCCCUCUGCAGUCAUGAUGUCCAAGUCCGCCCUCCUGAAGGUGAUCCUUCUGGGUGACGGUGGUGUCGGGAAAUCAUCGCUCAUGAACCGCUACGUCACCAACAAGUUUGACUCGCACCUCUUCCACACCAUAGGCGUGGAGUUCCUCAACAAAGAGCUGGAGGUGGACGGCCACCACGUCACCCUGCAGAUCUGGGACACGGCGGGUCAGGAGCGUUUCCGCAGCCUCCGCACACCUUUCUAUCGUGGCUCCGACUGCUGCCUGCUCACCUUUAGCGUUGAUGACGGACAAAGCUUCAGCAACCUCAUCAACUGGAAGAAGGAGUUUGCUUAUUACGCUGACGUCAAGGACCCUGACAACUUCCCCUUCGUGGUGCUGGGCAACAAGCUGGAUGUGCCCGAGCGGCAGGUGUCAGGGGAGGAUGCUCGGCAGUGGUGCCGCGAGAACGGCGGCCACCCGUACUUUGAGACAAGCGCCAAGGAUGCUACAAAUGUAGCGUCGGCCUUUGAGGAGGCGGUACGACGCAUUCUGGCGUUGGACGACAGAGCUGACCACCUUAUCCACACCAACACAGUGGACCUGCAGAAGAAGAGUAACCCUGACCCCACCUGCUGCUGAGCUGAAGGUGACUCGCAGCUCAUGUGAUGCUCCUGCAGUCGCCGCAGACAAUAUGUGUGGUUUGUGACUCUGUGGAAAGAGGAACUUGUGUUUAGCUACUGAAUGUGAUGCCCUCAGAUGAACCUGUGAGCAGGAUCCACAUUUGUGAUAUUUUUUUAGACUAAAAUGACAAUAUUUAGUAAUAAUAUUCCGCAUUUUCAGCACAGAAGGGACCCAAAACCCACCAUCUCCCAACUCUGAGCCAUACUGGGCCUUUUCAGGAAUGUGAUUAAUAAUUUAAACUAACUAUUAAUGAUUAGUUAAUAGAAUAUUUCUGAUACACGUUUAUAGAUGUAUUUGUGGUCAGUGAUGAACCUCAGUUGUGUUAGAGGUCAUUGUAACUAGCUGAUACCUGAAAUUUAAAGGCCUUUAGGGAGUGACUGUGACUUGGGUUCCUGUGAUAAAAGCUAAAUUAUGUCACCUCUGAACAGUUCUCUAAACAUAAUACUGCCAAAGGUUAAAAAGCAGAUUUGACGUCACUGUUGAAGCUGUGGCUACGAGUGUGAGACCACAAAAAGAGAAGUUCUGAGGUUAUUUCUGCCCCUAGAAGCAGAUACAACCACCUUUACAGCUAAAUCAUUGUGAUUUAGUACUGACUGUCCUUAAUCAACCCAGUUAACCUACCAUUAGGCAGGACUGCAACCUGCUGACACCCUUAGAAAGCAACUCAAUUUAAGUUAUCUGUGUCUUAAGUGUUGUAGUUCUCAUUAUUGUUUGCAUAAUUUCAUAUUUGAAGUUAUAAUGCAUUUAGAAACACAAAAUACUAAUUUCCCUAACUUCUACAACAAUAUCAUGACCCUUGAAAGUGUACAUGACGAAUCAAAUUGAAGGUAGAAACCACUGUCUUUCUGGUAAAUAACUAAUGAGAUUACUUUGGUGCUGAUUUUAUAGAGUUAAUCACAUGAUCAACUAGAUUUAAUAGUUAAAAAAGUCCAGAUAAAAGAUCCUUUCUGUUCUGUUGGGAUGAUAGUGCCAAAAAAGAUCUUACAAACGUUGCUGAUUAAAAUGAUCUUGACUUUUGGUUACACCAGUGAUGCCAUGAUGGAAUUUAGUGUGUCUCGUAGUUGUUGCUAGAAUUAUUAGCCCCUCCUCUCACGAUGAAAAGCUGAGCACGCUGCUGAACCUGAAACUUUUGUUGUAAGACUCAAAUGACUCCCACCAUAUUUUUUACAUUUGAAAUUAAACAGUAGCCAGCAGCAGAGAAAAA